UAAAUAAAUUAGUGUUUUGGUAUGUAAAAUAUAUAAAAAAAGAAAUUAGCAAAAAAUUCCAUGUUAAUUAAUUUUCAAUAAAUAUUUUGUUGUUUUUGUCUUUGGCAAAAUUAAUAAAACUACACUAAAACUUGUGACAAUAAGCCUAUAAUUAAAUUUAAUUAAAAAUUGCUACUAAAGCAACAACAACUAUUGCCAGCAAAAAAAAAAAAAAAAACUUAAAAAUUUUUGUUCUUAACCCAUAUAGUGGCAAAUACGUACUGUCUACUAAAGCUAAAGCUACUUUUACGACAGCAACUAUAACAACUGUUACAACUAUGUACAACAACAACAACAGAAAAAACCUUGUCAUCAAUAUACAAUAUAGCAGCAACAAGUGCUGAACAGUUUUAUACAAAUAUAUACAUACACAAACAGCUAAAAACACAAAUACAUAUGUAAUACAUACGUGUUUGAGUAAACAGUAACUCUAUCUAUUUUCUACUGCUUGUGUUUAUAUUCAACCAAUUUAAGUAUUUAUAAUUCAAAAACUAAAACAACAACAACAACAACAAGAAAAACAAGAAAACUACGUUAAAAAUUACAUACGUAUUACCUACAUGUAUUAGUAAACAUCCUAUCAUAUGUGUAUCCAGUUUCAACAAUAUUACCAUCAUCAUCAUUAUUAUCAUCGUCAUCAUCAUUAUUUUGCAACAACUGUUUGUCGUCUAUUCGAGUUUUGUAUAUUUAAUUAUAUACAAUUUUGAAAAUUUAGUUAAUUUUUCAUACUCGUACGAUUUUACUUCAAAAAAAACAUAGAUAAAAAGUUAUUACAUAAUUUCAUCCAUUAACAACGGUGGUAAUGUCAACAGCCAAACGGCUGGUUUUAUCAUUACGAGGUCGCAAAAAUUCUGAAUGUAAUACAGCGACUUCGUCAACACGUUUAGUAUCGGCCGGUGCAUCACCCGGUCAUGAACUGGAUGAAAUUGCUGUAGUUUCGGGGACUGGAGAAUCAAGUCAUCAUUUUACUUAUGGUGGCAUCGGUGCGAAUAUAAAUAAUGGACCCCGCUAUUCAACAGAUUUAGGCUCAAAAUUUGGUAUGUCACAGCCAAAAUUUGGCCAAAGUGUUUCACAGCAAGGUUUCUUUACAUCACACGAUAGCCUAGCCACACCAUGUGCAUCACGAGCUUCCAAUUUACAUGUGGCCAAUACAAGCACUGCCUCCGAUAUGGAUCUAUUACACAACAAACAACAAAACGAUCGACGAAAAUCACGCGGACGUCUGAAAGACAACGAUCAACCGCUGCUGGGAACAUGGACACGAUCAACGGGUCGCGGUUCACAGGAUAACACCUUUAAUGGACCGCAUCAAUUUACUGGGAAUUUUUGUAAUGGCACAGAUCGAUAUCCCCGCAAUCGUUCCGGUACAUCAACAACGACAACAACCGCCACACAACAACAAUUUCAGCAACAACAGUCCUCAAACAACAAUUCCUUACAUCAUUUACAACACUCUGCCUCUAUGUCACAUCCCCAUCAUCAUCAACAGCAGCAGCAAUCACAGCACAACCAACAACAAUCGCAACAUCAUCAGCAUCGUUCCUCGACUACACAACUACAGCAGCAGCAACAAAAGCCACCCAGACGCACACCAUCACAGCGGCUGCGAGCCGCAACAGCAGCACGAAAACUCUAUUUUGUUUUCGAUCCAGCGGGGCGUUUGUGCUACUACUGGUCGAUGGUCGUUUCGCUGGCCUUCCUCUAUAACUUUUGGGUGAUAAUCUAUCGUUUUGCAUUUCAGGAAAUCAAUCGACGCACAAUUGUGAUAUGGUUUUGUCUCGAUUACUUUUCCGAUCUCCUAUAUCUUAUAGAUAUAUUUUUUCAUUUUCGUACCGGCUAUCUGGAGGACGGUGUACUGCAGACGGAUGCAACAAAACUGCGUCAACACUAUAUGAAUUCGACAACAUUUUACAUAGACUGCCUGUGUUUGCUGCCAUUGGAUUUUUUAUAUUUAUCAAUAGGAUUUAAUUCAAUAUUACGAUCGUUUCGUUUAGUUAAAAUCUAUAGAUUUUGGGCAUUUAUGGAUCGCACCGAACGUCAUACAAACUAUCCAAAUUUAUUUCGUUCAAUCGCUCUCAUACAUUAUCUACUUGUGAUAUUCCAUUGGAACGGGUGUCUCUAUCAUAUUAUACACAAGAAUAACGGUUUUGGUAGCCGCAAUUGGGUCUAUCAUGAUUCCGAAUCGGCCGAUGUAGUUAAACAAUAUUUACAAAGUUAUUAUUGGUGUACGUUAGCUUUAACAACGAUCGGUGAUUUACCUAAGCCCCGAUCAAAAGGUGAAUAUGUAUUUGUGAUAUUACAAUUACUAUUUGGAUUAAUGCUAUUUGCAACGGUUCUGGGUCAUGUGGCGAAUAUAGUGACGUCGGUGAGUGCAGCGCGAAAGGAAUUUCAAGCUAAGCUUGAUGGCGUCAAAACGUAUAUGCGUAUGCGACGUGUACCCAAUCAUCUGCAGGUGAAAGUCAUCAAAUGGUUUGAUUACCUGUGGCUGACACAAAAAUGUUCCGAUGAGGAACGUGCCGUAUCAUGUCUUCCUGAUAAAUUAAAGGAACCUGCCUUUAAUGAAGCCAUUACGGUUUUGCCAUUAUCAGCCACUACUUGCAAACGUCCACGAUUAACAAUGUACAUUUCUUUGCCAACUUCACCUGAUAAUGCCGAUGAUGUUGGACCGACCGGUAAUCGUCGUACAGCAUCUGUACGUUCCGUGGGUUAUAGUGAUUUAUUUGUGUUGAGCAAAAAGGACAUGUGGGACGUUUUAAAGGAAUAUCCCGCUGCACGUGUACGACUGGAAUCAAUUGCUGUUAAACGUUUAGAGAAAUAUAAAAAAGCACCAUUGGAAAAAGUACAAUACUUUAAUACAGUUGCCAUGGGUCGAUGUCAGUCAACACCGGGCUUGGUGGAAAGUUGUGGUCGUACUACAUUGGAAGAUAUGUAUUUGCCACAGCCACCAUUAGUGCCACAUUCUGUGCUAUUGCAACAGCAGCAGCAACAACAACAAACACAGCGUCAAACGCCACACGAUCAAGUACAACAGCAGCAACAUUUACAAAAUUUGACUUAUAGUCGAGCUCCUAGUCCACGUUCUAGUCAAACUUAUAUUGAACGUAUACAACGUACUACAGAAUCGCCAGGUUCUUUAAGUCCCAGUGUGCACAGUUCAGAUGAUAGGCCACGCAGUAGAACAACGUCACAUCAUUCAACGAGACCACAGUCACAACCAAGUAGAACAGGACAUAUUUGUGACUCUAGUUCUCACUUAGACUGUUACGGCACAGGUACGUCAGCAGCCAGCGUAGUAGGUGGCGGCACAACACCCCUAUUGGGAUCACAUGAAGCUUUAGAAGAUGAAAUUAAACGUUUGCGUGAGCGUCUACAUACAGUGGAAUCAGAAAAUCAAGCAUUAAAUACGAAAUUAUCACAACAACAAUGGGAUUUGGAAAAUCGUUUGGCUGAAAUUGAAAUGCAAAUAUGCGGUGUCUCAUCGACAUCAAGUCUAGAUCCAGAACAUGAAACGGAAGAAAUGGAAAGAAAUCGUGAGAGUAUCAUAUAACACGGGAGCGAGCUGCCCCAUCAGCCGAUCGGAGCAGCAGCUGCAACAACAAAAAUAUCUUUAACCAAACGAGCUUUAAUCGGUGAUGCCAACUCAUCGCCUCCAUUAAUGUUUAAUAAAUACAGACGUUUCUCAAAUAUGGCCACCCAAACUCCAACAUCAUCAACGAAAAGAUUUCACUUAAAUAAUCCCCCCACAACAUCGUCUGAUGUUAAAGCAGAAGAUCAUCUUAUGACAUUUUCCUCAUGUUCUUCACGUAGAGGUCGUAAAAUAAUGUCAUCAAAUGCAGGGGAUUCAUCCAGAGAUCGGCAUAUGGAUCUGGCAGCUAAAUAUUCUUCCAUUUAAACAAGUAGUAAAUGAAAUAAACAAAUUAACAUUUAACUCAUUAAAAUUUUGUAUAUAAAUUAAUUAAACUAUUAAGUGAAACGGA